AUGGGCUCUGCCCCACCCCCAGGGGCCCCUCGUCUCAUUUCAUUCUCUCCAUAUGAAACUCUGGGGUUUUGUGCAGAAGCUAAAAGAGACCUUANUUUGGACAUCUUAGACAUCGUUGCCGUUAUCAUCAAGAAGGACAGAAAAAGUACCUCUGGGAUUUUCAAAUUGAGAAGUUUGUGUGGGUUCUGCCCACAACUUUUUGGUAGCAAUGCAGUGUGGAGUGGGGGAGGGAGCAUCUUGCAGAUGUGUGCUGUAAGGAUCAACCAAGUUGAACACACUCUUAAGAUAAAAAGGCAGAGAUUCCCAAUGGUGCACCAAAGCAUUUGUAGCUGUAGACAUUAUAGUACAGACACAACAGAGUCCAGAGAUCCCCCUGGAGCAGAGCCUACAUCAGAAAAUAAUGGCUUACAAGAGAACUCUGAGAGACAUGAUGGUAUUUCUGAUACAACCGAACCUGAACUCUCAGAAACACAACAAACAAACUUUCAAGAUGCAGCAGCACGUGAUCAGAUGGAGAAUUUAGAAACCCGAGAGUUAAAAACUGAAGCAGUUUCAGAUGAAGUUAGCCAGUCUUUAGGAGAGACUGUCUGUGAAGAAAUGAAACAAGAGAUGGACUUUGCUGCUGGUGCAGAAACUUUAUCUAUAGGUGAAGAAGACCGAGGAGAAUCUUUAAAGCACAAUGAACCAGAUGUGUUGUACAGAAAAGUUGCUGUGGAAAUCAAAGGCCAUGAUAAAAGGGUACUUAAAACUUAUGCUGCUGUCAUGAAGACUGUUGCAGAAAGACUGGAUAUUCAAAUUCGAAUGUGGAAUCCCCCAAGAGUGAUUGAGAGGAUGACUCUGCUGAAAUCUGCAUUUGUACAUAAAAAACACCGAAGACAGUAUGAAAUGAGGACACAUUUCCAUGUUGUAGAGCUCCAGCGUGUAACUGGAAGCACUACUGAUACGUAUUUAGAGUACAUCCAGAGGAAUAUACCAGAAGGAAUUGCCAUGAGGGUCACCAAGCAUCAGGUGGCAAAGCUACCAGAAGAAAUUUCACAGACCAUGGAAAGUUGAUUCUUAAGGACAUGUUCCGAAGCCUAUUACCCAAGUUCUUACUAAAAAAUGGACGUAGGUCUAUGAGAAAGAUCUUCUAAAAAUAAAGGAUAAAUUUCUUUUUUUUUGCAUUUGGUACAGUGAAAAUGCAUUAUACAAUAGCACAGUUACAUGCAUAAUGACCCUCGUUUUAUCAAGGUUUCAAUCCUAAUGAUCUAAUUUCUUUUCGGUUGAUUCAAUUUAUCUUUCUAUCAUUUUUGGAAGACACAAGUGAAGUGUAGACAUUUUCAAUAAAGAAAUUUAUUAAAGAAAUUGAUACAAAAUGAAAUGAAGUCUUCCUUGGAUCUUCUUGGUCACAAGAUUUUUCCUCAUCAAAAUUGUUUAUGGUGCAUGUUACCCAGCAAAAGAAAAUCCUUCACUUUCAGGAAAUGAUCAGUUCAGUUGUACUACUAUGCCAUCAAUGUGGAUUGAGACUUGAAGCAAAAAGAAGCAGGACCUCUGAACUUCUUACCUCCCUCAUGUCGCAAUUUAUAUUCACAGAUGCAGUGAUUUGUCCUUUAUAUACAUAAAAUAAAAACAAAGUUUGCAACUGUUAGGGAAAAUAUAAAGUAAAAGGACUAAGUAGCAGUUCAUAAUACUUUUUUUUUACACCAUCCUUGAUGUUACUUAAUUUCUGGCACGGAAUCGGUGCUCCCUACUUUGUUGCAAUUUUUUUCCUUUUAACAUGCUUGCUGAAGUUCUUUAGCAAGACGUUUCAACAGGAACGAUUGUUGAGCUCGCAGGUAUUCCAGUGUACGUAUUUCUCCAGUUUAUAAC